CUGACUAUGGUAACAGUUUGGUUCCCACCAAUCGUCGUUACAAGCGCUCAAGCAUCCUCAAGAACGUAAGUAAGUAACUAAAACUACUAAGCAAAUAUUAAAAGGAAGUUUCAUACUGCCGGAUGCCUCAUGUCGACGGGUCGGCAUCUGUCAGUUCUCUCUUUCUUAUUCUUCUACUCGUUCCAUUUCCAAGAACUGGAUCCUGGCUUUCCACUGAAUGGCCACUCGAAGACGAGAAGACCGUCUUCAUGACGAUCGUCACAAACUCUGGGCUACAGAGAAGCCUACUGACCGCGACUACGAUCAACGCCGUCAUCGUGAAUCUAGUAGGUCUCGUACUCAUCCCCAGUACUCUUCCGCUGCACCUUCUCCCUCAUAUCAGUCAGCCCCAUCAUCAGCCAGUAAAACACGUUCUUCUUCUGCCCAGUACCCAUCUACAGGUUAUCAUUCCGCAACACCUUACCAGACUCCUGCACCCCUCCAGCCAUCUAACGCCAAGGGUUAUCCUCCAACAGCAUCUUCACGCCGCCCCCAACCAGAGCCCAUUGACUCCAGAUCUCAUCGACGACAUGCUCCAACCCCAAAAUCAUCAUAUGAACAAGUCUCCGGCGCUGAAGACGUCGCAAGGUCCUCCAGGCAAACUCAUUCUUCCCGUCCUAUCCAACCCCAGACUACCGCGAAUUCAACCACACCUUCCACUAAUUGGCUUUCAUCUGCUCAAGAUAUCUACUCUAAGCGAUCGAAAGAUCGCGACCAGGAACGUGAAAGACAUCGAGAAAUGGAGAAAGAACGUGACAGAGAAAGGGCUAGUGCUGAGCUCGAAAGGCAUCGUGAAAGACAUAGGUCUGAACAGCAUCGAGAGAAGGAAAAGGCCGACAGGAAGAAGGAACAAUCCAGGCACAGACGCGAAAAAAAGAUCGAGUCAGACUCUGAAGGCCUCGUGUAUUCAGACAAAGCUUCCAUCUCUGGCAGGGAAGCCUAUCAGCCCUCCAUUCGCGAGUCUAUCACCGGUCACAGGCGGCAUCGUACGGAAGACGGAGUCUCAUCGGUUCGCCGACCUCAUGCUGACUCUUCCCAUAACCAACCUUCUGCUUUGCACACGCAGUCUACAGGUCCCCAGCAAGAGGUUGUAACUCAGAGUAAUACAACAGGCGUAGGGAGCAAUCCACCGCCCGCGCCUCGCGUGAUGCCUGUCUACCUUCCUCAUAAACCCUCCAAACCACAUCAUGAGCGACAUACGUCAUUGGCUAUGCAAGGAGCUCAAUCAGGCAGUGACACUGAACGAGCUUCUCUGAAAGUAAGACACCCAAACAACCUUGUUUAACUCCCUUAACCCUUUUUUUCCAGCACCGCAUCGAGAGAAACCAUUCGGGAGGUCCCGUGCAGAGAGGUGAUGGGUAUCAAACUAGUGCCGUAAGGGAAAGACAGGGCCAAGACACCCCCCUGGGU